AUGGAUUGCCGUGUGACCAUACAGGCAACGUACGAUUAUCAGAUAGUAACUUUAGAUUUUGCCUGGAUAUACCUUUUCAAUCGAAAUUGUGACGACUACAUACAAGUUUAUGACACUGAUGGCUCAAUUAUGAGAAAGUUUUGCGGCAAUGGGGAACCUUUUGACAUGUACUCAACAGGGAAUAGUGCAGAUAUUCAUUUGGUCACCGAUGAUUUUUAUGUAGAUAGAGGGUUCAGUUUAGUCUUCACCGCUUUCCAUUAUGAUUCCGAUAUAGCGUGCAACGACACUUACGAGUUCAAGUGUUUAGGGAAUGAUCGCUGUAUUGACGACUCCUUAGUUUGCGACGAUAAAAAUAACUGCAAUAACGCUUCCGACGAAGACGACUGCUCAAAAACACGCGUGUUACUUAUCCUAAUCCUCAUAUUCGUCUGCAUGGGGAUAAUUGUUGGCGUUGUAUAUUCUGUGUAUUAUAGUUACUCUCAAAAGAAAGAGCAUCAAGCCCACGCUGGUAAUCGCGUAUCUCCAGUGACCGUUACAACACAGGAAGAUUACAACCUUCCGUAUGGAGGUCGACAUGACAUUGCCAUGACAAAUUAUCCACCACCACCGCCGCCGUACUCCCUGACGUGA